UCUUAUAGAAGCAGAGGUUUAGUCAUUUUGUGUGUUUUAGGAAGAGGAAAAAAAAUGGGGAAAGGACCAGGUCUCUACACUGACAUCGGCAAAAAAGCCAGAGAUCUUUUGUACAAGGACCACAACAGCGACCAGAAAUUGAGUAUCACUACUCACUCUCCUGCCGGUGUUGCCAUCACAUCAACUGGAACCAAGAAAGGUGACUCACUGCUGGGAGAUGUUUCUCUCCAACUCAAGCAAAAAAACAUCACUACCGAUCUCAAAGUUUCCACUGACAGUACCGUUUUGAUCACUGCUACGGUUGAUGAGGCUGCACCUGGAUUGAAGUCCAUCUUCAGCUUCAGGGCCCCUGACCAAAACUCUGGCAAGAUUGAGCUUCAGUACUUGCAUGAAUAUGCCGGUAUCAGCACGAGCAUGGGAUUGACUCAAAACCCCACUGUCAACUUCUCUGGUGUAGUGGGAACCAAUGUGUUGGCCCUUGGUACUGACGUUUCCUUCGACACCAAAUCUGGCAAUUUCACCAAGAUCAACGCUGGUGUCAACUUCACCAAGGAUGAUCUCAUUGCCUCCCUUACCCUGAAUGACAAAGGAGAUUCUGUCAACGCAUCAUACUACCACAUUGUUAACCCGCUGUUCAACACCGCUGUGGGAGCUGAAGUGAACCACAAGUUUUCUACCAAUGUCAACACCAUAACCGUGGGAACGCAGCAUUCACUUGACCCCUUGACCACCGUGAAGGCACGCGUGAACAGUGCGGGGAUAGCCAAUGCACUCAUUCAACACCAGUGGACACCCAGGUCCUUCUUCACUAUCUCAGGAGAAAUUGACACCAAGGCUAUUGACAAGAAUGCUAAGGUUGGUUUGGCCCUCUCUCUCAAGCCUUGAGAAUGAGCAACAGAUGAUGAAUCCAAGCAUAGCAUUUCAACUCUUUUCCAACGUGGUUCUGUUUUCCUCCGCAUGGUUCGGUGGUUUUAAUGGCCACUGCUCAGAUCUUUUUCUCAUUUUCUUGUCGGAUUUGUAGAGAAUAAUAAGGUUGAAAAAUUAUCGUCUUUCUUGGUGAUAUGAUGAAACAUUAGAGAUCCUUUCCCUUACUCUUUCUUCCCUAUGCAUUUGAAUUUGUUUUCGUGA